GCUGCUGCGGCGGUCGCGGCAGUGCUGGUGGAGGUGUCGGCCCUUGGGCGGAUGUUGACAUUGUGUUGUUGUUAUUGCUGACGGUAAUGGCGGCGGCGGCGCCGACGGCCAGGACCCCAUCUCCUCUGUAGCCGAAGCCGAGAGAGCACAGAACGAACUCCGCGGCCUCGGAGCCCGCGGCAGCGACUCCCCUCAGCCUUCGCCGCCUCGCCAGCCCGUAUCUCGGCCUCAGCCUCUGGACAGGCCCCUUCGGUCCGGGGGUCUCGGAGUCUCAGGAUGGCGGAUUUCGACGAAAUCUAUGAGGAGGAGGAGGACGAGGAGCGGGCCCUGGAAGAGCAGCUGCUCAAGUACUCGCCGGACCCGGUGGUGGUCCGCGGCUCCGGUCACGUCACCGUAUUUGGACUGAGCAACAAAUUUGAAUCAGAAUUCCCCUCUUCAUUAACUGGAAAAGUAGCUCCUGAAGAAUUUAAAGCCAGCAUCAACAGAGUUAACAGUUGUCUUAAGAAGAAUCUUCCUGUUAAUGUACGUUGGCUACUUUGUGGCUGCCUUUGUUGCUGCUGCACUUUAGGUUGCAGUAUGUGGCCAGUUAUUUGCCUCAGUAAAAGAACACGAAGAUCGAUUGAGAAGUUAUUAGAAUGGGAAAACAAUAGGUUAUACCACAAGCUGUGCUUGCACUGGAGACUGAGCAAAAGGAAAUGUGAAACGAAUAACAUGAUGGAAUAUGUCAUCCUCAUAGAAUUUUUACCAAAGACACCGAUUUUUCGACCAGAUUAGCAUUUACUUUAUUUAUAGAGACUUUCCAAGUAUGUUGUCUUUCCAAUGGUGCCUUGCUUGGUGCUCUCCUGGUGGUGACAUAACAUUGGUUCUACAGAAUCGUGUGGUGUUUUUUUCUGUUGUUUUUUUUUUUUUAAAUAACCGCAUGUUCUAAGUGUGCAUUUUUGUCAAACUUUGCAACAGUUAUUUCAUACAGAUGUUUAAUACUUAAGUUAUUGUGCUCUUUUCUGUUAUGUAUUCUG